AUUCGGUCAUAGCUUUAGGGUUGCAUGCAAACGGAGCUGGAGGAAAUGCGAGAGGGGACCAAUUAAUUCGAUUUACAAUUCAUUGGGAAUUACAGCCUAUUAGGCUAGUGGCAAGGCUCCCACAUUUUCUUGUUACCCCUAUCUGAGUCUGUUUUCCUGCACUGGAUGGGAGUGUCCCUCUCUCUCCUGAUUCCCUAGUAGAUACAUUGUCACCCUAUAGUCUGGCAGCCUGGCUGCUCACCUACAUGUAUAUCAAUGAAGACCCCAUUUGGAAAGACGCCAGGCCAGCGCCCCAGAGCUGAUGGGGGGAAUACUGGGGUAUCUGCAAAUCUGAUCAAGAAGAAAAAUUCCCACAAGAAGCAGAAGAAUGUUGGUCCAAGCAAGCCUAUUGCCCAACCCAGACGAAACAUGGUGGGCUGCAGGAUAACGCACCAGUGGAAGGAAGAUACCAAGGUUUCCCAGUGGAAAGGAACAGUUCUCGAUCAAGUCCCUGUCAACCCAUCUCUCUACCUGAUCAAGUAUGAUGGAUUUGACUGCAUCUAUGGACUUGAGCUUCACAAAGAUGAGAGGGUGCAAGGCCUGGAGGUUUUACCAGACCGAGUUGCUCCAGCUCGCGUCAGUGAUGCACAGCUAGCAGAAACCAUGAUAGGCAAAGCAGUGGAGCACAUGUUUGAGCAAGAUGAAGGACCAAAGGAGGAGUGGAGGGGCAUGGUGCUAGCACGGGCUCCCAUUAUGAACACAUGGUUCUACAUCACUUACGAAAAGGACCCUGUUUUGUACAUGUACCAGCUCUUGGAUGACUACAAAGAGGGGGAUCUCCGGAUAAUGCCUGAUUCAAAUGACUCGACCCCAACCGAGAGAGAGCCUGGAGAAGUGGUGGAUAGCCUUGUUGGCAAACAAGUGGAAUAUGCCAAAGAGGAUGGUGGCAAAAGGACAGGCAUGGUUAUCCAUCAGGUUGAUGCCAAACCCUCUGUGUAUUUCAUCAAGUUUGAUGACGACUUUCACAUCUACGUCUAUGAUUUAGUAAAAACGUCUUAGGAUAUUGAGAAAAUCAUUGAUUCACAGACCGUGGCAAAUGUUUUCAGGAUUUCUUUGAGACAUCAAUUUCCAGUUAAAUGGACAAUUCCUUCACAGGCUACGAAUGUGAAACUUGUCAUUUCCUGUGUCACUGCUUCCAAUGCGAAAGCUUUUAGUGUACUUUGUCUGAAGUCCACUUUUGUUUGAAAAGAGACCUCUGCAGAAUUCACCAUGUCUGAACAUUUACUCUGUUCAAUUGGGCCAGACACCAGGAGCCUAAUCAGUUUUUCUUAACGUGAAAGAAAAGUGAGAAUUUUUUUUUUCAUGUCUAUGAUGCUGUAAAUGAAUUCUUGUGAGGUUCUCGUAACAUGUUUCCACCACUUUUGUUAACUUGUGGGUUUAACAUCCUCAGAAUUUAGCAUGCAUCAGUCCAACAGCUGUGGUCCUUUGUAGCUCAGUUGGUAGAGCAUGGCACUUGUAACGCCAGGGUAGUGGAUUCGAUUCCCCCAUCCAUAUGUAAAAUGUAUGCACGCGUGACUGUAAGUCGCUUUGGAUACAAGCGUCGGCUAAAUGGCAUAUUACUGUAUCAGUCAAACACCCUAGUAAUCAGUUUAAAAAGAAGGGUAUUACAUGAAAUUCUGUGAUUUCAUUUUAUUCCUUACUUCUGUACUUGUAUGAACUGCCAUUGUGAAAUUGUCCUUCACAUAAGGCUAGUUUCUGAGACCAAGGAAAUCCAAGCGCUUCUUCCUUUUAGUUUUUAAUCAGUGUUAUUUUAUGUCGGCCACACUUGCAUUCUCCCGAUAUGGGUGUCUAGACCUCUUUUACUCUGUCAAAUCGAAAUUGUAUUCGAGUAAUUUCCCUCAGCAAUUUGGCUGAUUGAUUGUGCAAAGUUCAUCAAUUAUUUAAUUAUAAUAUUUUUUGUUUACUGUGGCUUUUAGAAUUCAUUUUAAUUUCCUUCAACCUGAAAUGAUUCGUUUUGUUAUGUAAUACUCUGUAUCAUCCAAAUCUGAUUUAAAAUGUGUAUUAACACAUUCCACUCUUACCCCUUUGCUAGAGCUACUGUAUUGCAACUUUGUCAAAAACACUAAAAGGAUAAUGAUUGAUACACAUAACUAACUAUACACUGAGUGUACAAAACAUUAAGAACCCCUUCCUAAUAUUGAGUUCCACCUACUACCAUACCCCACCCUGGCACCUACUACCCCGUCCAUAGGCACUUAAAUAGGCACUUGCCUAUUCACCCUUUGAAUGGCACGCAUACACAAGCCAUGUCUCAAUUGUCUCGAGGCUUAAAAAUCAUUUUUUAACCUGUCUUCUCCUCUUCAUCUACACUUGUAGUGUAUUUAACAGGGGACAUCAAUAAGGGGAUCAUAGCUUUCACCUGAUCAGUUUAUGUCAUGAAAAGAGCAGGUGUUCUUAAUGUUUUGUACACUCAAUGUAUAUGAAAGACGAUUAUAAAUGCGGCUUGCAUGAAAUAUAGUUCAUCAAUUAUCUUCUUGUUAGCAUUGUGAUACAUUUGGAAGUAUUUUUACGACUUACCUUCAAUUCUACAUGCCCAUUUUGCCUGUUUCAUGUCUGUGCCAUAUGUUUUCAGAGUGAUAGAUCUCAGAAAUGUUUCUAUCAAAGAAUGUGUGGUCUAAAUUGAAUAAGCAAAGGGUCUGUUAAUGUUCUAAUGGAUUUUGGGUCAUAUGCUACUGAGCCACCUACCAUCAAUGAGGUUAAUUUUGAAAAUGUCAUUGUUUAAUUGAAUUCAGCAUCAAUCCAAUCCAUACGCUUAUUUCUCAUUUAAGUAAAUAUGAAUUGCUUGCUGUUUUCUGACCUGAGCCUAGGUUGAUUUCAUGAUUUAACUUGAUACUGUAUAAUAGUAUUAUACAUCACUUGCAACAUUUUGAAUUUCAUCCAAGGAUUUAGAAAGCUAUUUAAAUGGUCAACAUGUCAUGGUUAUUUUAGAAUUGUUGUAUUGUUAGCAUGUUCAAAUUGUGUUACUGAAGCCUAUAGUGCAUUUGGUUAAGUAUUCAGACCCCUUGACUUUUUCCACAUUUUGUUAUGGUAGGUACAGCCUUAUUCUAAAAUGGAUUAAAUAUUUAUUUUCCCCUAUUCAAUCUACACACAAUAGCCCUUUAACAAAAGCAUAAAUGUUUUUUUUUUAAAUGUAUUAAAAACAAAAAAUGCAAAUAUCACAUUUACGUAAGUAUUUAGACCCUUUACUCAGUGCUUUUGUUGAAGCACCUUUGGCAAUGAUUACAGCCUUGAGUCUUCUUGGGUAUGACGCUAAAAGCUCGGCACACCUGUAUUUGGGGAGUUUCCCCCAUUCUUCUCUGCAGAUCCUCUCAAGCUCUGUCAGGUUGGAUGAGAAGUGUUGUUGCACAGCUAUUUUCAGGUCUCUCCAAAGAUGUUUGAUCGGAUUCAAGUCGUGGCUCUGGCUGCGCCACUCAAGGACAUUCAGAGACUUGUCCCGAAGCCACUGCUACGUUGUCCUGUUGGAAGGUGAAUCUUCACCCUAGUCCUGAGAGCUCUGGAUCAGGUUUUCAUCAAGGAUCUCUCUGUACUUUUCUCCUUUCAUCUUUCCCUCGAUCCUGACUAGUCUCCCAGUCCUUGAGGCUGAAAAACAUUCGCAACGCAUGAUGCUGCCAGCACGAUGCUUCACCGUAGGGAUGGUGCCAGGUUUCCUCCAGACAUGACGCUUGGCAUUCAGGCCAAAGAGUUUAAUCUUGGUUUCAUCGGACCAGAGAAUCUUGUUUCUCAUGGUCUUUAGGUGCUGUAGAGAUGGUUGUCCUUCUGGAGGGUUAUCCCAUUUCCACAGAGGAACUCUACAGCUCUGUCAGUGACCAUUGGGUUCUUGGUCACAUCCCUGACCAAGGACCUUCUCCCCUGAUUGCUCAGUUAGGCCAGGAUGCCAGCUCUAGGAAGUCUUGGUGGUUCCAAACUUAUUCCAUUUUAAGAAUGAUGAAAGCCACUGUGUUCUUGGGGACCUUCAAUGCUGCAGACAUUUUUUGGUACCCUUCUCCAGAUCUGUGACUCGAUAGAAUCCUGUCUCUGAGCUCUACGGACAAUUCCUUCGACCUCAUGUCUUGGUUUUUGCUCUGACAUGCACUGUCAACUCUGGGACCUUUUAUAUAGACAGGUGUGGCCAUUUCCAAAUCAUGUCCAAUCAAUUGAAUUUAUCACAGGUGGACUCCAAUCAAGUUGUAGAAACAUCUCAAUGAUGAUUAAUGGAAACAGAAUGCACCUGAGCUCAAUUUUGAGUCUCAUAGCAAAAGGUCUGACUACUUUUAUUUUUUUAUACAUUUGCAAACAUUUUUUACCUGUUUUUGCUUUUGUCAUUAUGGGUUAUUGUGAAUAGAUUGAUUUAAUGUAAUACCUUUUAGAAUAAGGCUGUAACCUAACAAAAUGUGGAAAAGGGAAGGGGUCUGAAUACUUUCUGAAUGCACUGUAUGUCUGGAGCUUCUGCAGGUUUGCUUGCCACCACUAGUCACACUCCCGCACAAAGAUGAGAUCCUGCUAACCUCUGUAGUAUUAUUAAGACAUCUUGAAAGCGGUCAACAGGUCUAUUUAAAAUCCUUGAUUGCCCCUUCGUGAUUUCCAAAGUGAGGAAAUCAUCAUAUGCUGCCAAUGGCUGUGGGAGUCAAAGCAUUUAACAUUUUACAUUACUAUUGUAAUGUACUGUGUGUAUUGUCAGUUCCACUUCUGAAAAGCAGACUUAUGUCGCAUGCAUAUAGCUAAAUGUAAGUUGAUGUGAGUUGCAUGUAAGUUUGUUUUCAAAGUUAUUAGCAUAUGUCAAUUGUGACAUUUUGUUGUUUUUGUACUGUGCAUUACAGGAACGCACUGAUCAUGCUAAAUGAGUGCCAACUAAAGGUGCCAGUCUUGUACAGCAUUUAAGGGGUAACAUUUGUAAAUAAAUCAUUUGUCAGUUUAUUUAAAAAAAAUGACUGGCUUAUUUAUAUGUAUCCAUAAAGAGCUUUCCUUAUUUGAUUGGGAGAAAUGUGUGUGCAUGUAAGGAUGGACCUUGUGCGUACAUAUUCAGUCAGUCGAUAUGUUAAAAUAGAUUUAAAUAAGGGACAGUAGUAAAGUACUUUUUUUUUUAAGCAAUUUGUAUAUGUUUAUAUAUCAAAAUAGAGGUAAAAUUCUGUCUUAAUGGCCUUUUUUUUAAUGAAAAUUGUUACAGUUUAGUCAUCUGGCACAAACACUUUAAUGUUACAGAAUUCUUUAAGAAGAAUUGAUAAUGAAGGACUAACCUGAAUAUUAAAAGAAAUAAGUAGGCCUAUGUAAUGUUUAUUUUUUUAAUGUUAUGUUUCGUUUUCACACAACAGUGGAAGAUCCAUUAUUUGUGUGGCGGGUGUAGUAGUCCAAAUGGGGUCCAUGGAAAAGCUUUCUUAAUAUUGAGUGUUGCAGAACUCACAUACUAGCCAUUCCCUUUGUCAUGCCAACUCUGAGAAAUAUGAAUAUAAUUACAUACAGAAUAUAAAUUGUAGGAUCUUUUGUAUUUAGCUGCAGAAUAUUAUCAAAGUUUGUAUAAUUUAUUAGUUGAUUUCUUUAUCAAUACUCAGGCAUAUCGUGAGCAGAAACAAUAGUCUAGCUAGGCCUUAAAUACUGCGUUUGUGAUGUCUGAGGGUUGGACUGUGUCCCUGGCUGUCCAUAAAUACAAAUAUAAGAACAAGAUAA